UUCUGCAUGAGCCAUCAAUUCCAAGUUUUUUUAAUAAUGAUAUAAGCUUUCAGCCAUCGUCCGAUUGUGCCCUCUACCAGAUACUAGGUACGAUAGAACAAUGGCAACGCCCAACGGAAGAGCACCCGCGCCCCGCGCUCCGCAGUUCACAAGGAGGCAAGACACCUCUGGGCCUUUUGUCCCCAGCCAAUCUUUCCAAGACAGCCCCCCAAGGAUUGAUGAAUACCCGCGAGGCUACCCCUCACUAUCUGCAUUUCUCAGCGGCGAUAGGGAAUUCACCAUGUUCCGAUCCUUCACGCGGCUUCACGCCCGUGUACUGCUUCAUAAGCAAGAUGAGCUAGCAGAGCUGGAGCAACGACUUGACCAACUCGACCAAAAGGACAGCAAAGUCGAUUCGUAUCGGCUACUUACGAACAGGCACAGCAGCGGAGAUACAGAACGUCGGGGGCUGCUCACUGAGAUUGAGAGAAAGUUGAAUGAAUUCAAUAACCUUCUUGAAUCAUUGCUGGCCCAUUUAGAGCGCCCUGAGCCCGACGAGUCGCAGAUCAAGAGCGUCAGAAACUGGGUUGAUGGCAAGAGGCCAGUUGUCUAUUCAGAAACCACUUUUCUCAACGACCGAAGUGACUUGAAACGGGCAAGGCAUACGGUGGAGAAAGGUGGUCUUGAAAACCUACUCGCAAGUUAUUCUAGCUGGCCUUGUUUACGUGGGAUAUACGAGUUCUUAUCACUUCUCGAUACAUCUGCGAGAUCGGACGAUCCGAAAGUCAAACUCAUCAAAGCCUCGAGACUGGUAGCUGUCUCACGUGCCCUGACAACUGUACUGGCUGUUACCACUUUGGUCGUGCCGAUCGGAGUUUUAUACUCAGUACAGCCUGUCCCGAUGCGGCUAUUUAUUAUUGCGGCCUUUACGUGCAUCUUCUCAUCAGCGCUCUGCUGGCUGACAUCGUCUAGAAACUACGAAAUAUUCUCGGCAACGGCGGCAUAUUGUGCCGUGAUGGUCGUAUUCGUAGGGAGCUUGCCAUAGACUUGUUAACACUAUUCAGCUUUAUGCAGAAUCUGACCAUGAGGCAGAUAAUAGAGUUGCCAGAUAUCAAUCUUAUUCAUUUUCCGAAG